AUGCGCCUUAUAAAACUGAAAUGCAUUGACAGGAUGUCUGUAUCUGUGGUAAUUACCAUAGGACUGAGUAGAACCAUUGGAGAGUUGAAAGAGGAAGUAUGUAAGUCAAUAGGAAAGGACGUGGAACAGAUUGUCCUCAAGAGGGGGAAAAGAGAGCUAGUGGACAGCAUUGAGAUUGAUGCAUAUGAACUUAAGGACGGAGAGUGUGUAGAGAUAGAGUAUAGAUAG